GUCAGUGUUGCCAACCCGCCAAAAUGGUGAACUGGUACGCGGUCGGUUUAGCGGCCGCUUUGGUCUACAUUUUACCAAAACGUGCAAUUGCCACUCGCAUAAUCAACUUCUACAAAUACCGAACUCUAUUUGUGCCCCCAAAAACCGUAAUUGUGAUUUUAGACGACAUAGGGCUAAAUUACGAAAAAGCACGCAAAUAUUUACAAAAAGGGGCCCGCGUCAUAAUCGCCGGCCUCAACCAACAAAAAUUAGAAACCGCCAGAAAAGAAUUAAUCCGUUCGACGAAAAACCACAACGUUUGUGUUGCGUCAGUGAACCGCUAUGAAAAAAAAUCACUGAAAAAAUUCGCCGAUCACGUAAUCAACACCGAAGUGGCGAUCGACGUGCUCGUAAACAACAACGGCGUCGAAUUAUCCGACUUGGACAUAAUUUUUAAAACACAGGACUUGGCGAGGGAACGAUUUGAGAACCACUGUUUGAAUUUCCUAGGGGUUUGCCUACCUGAAGACUUGUAAAAGGGGGCCAAGUGGCGCAGAAACUUCAAGACGUGGCUUAGCAGCUUCGCGUCGUCUUCGCUCGACGGAAGGACUUUCAAAAAGCGCGAAAACGUGGCCUCCCAAGCAUGAUCCAAAAACUGGUCGUGCCUCGGCAUUAACUUGCACAAAAUCACGUACCUUCAAUUGUAAAUUAAAUAAGCCAUUAACUAAUUAACCACUCA